AUGCACGGGGCUGGGAUACUGCCAGGUUGCCCAGGCCUAGACAGAGGAAGCCGGGAAGCAGGGGGUCGGGCUCGAACCACGGACCUUUCGGUCACUCGGCGAACAGAUCAACAGCCACCUGAUCACCUACCAACUAAUGCACCCGACCUACCAAUAUACCAACACAUUACCAACUUCCAUCAGUUGCAAUUGUUUAUACGCACUAGACUGAGUAAAACAUCUGGCUUGGGCAACCUGGCAGUAACCCAGCCCUCAUGUUUUCUCUGGGUGACAUGGCAGCUAGGCACCGAAAGGAUGUUACAGCUGAACGAUUAUCUGUGGAAUCGUUCUUUUUUUGUGAAAACUGAAGACCAACCACCUCCUCGAGUAACUCCCUCAUAUUUGUUGUAUUCAUUUACAUCGUUAUAUAAUUCCGUGAGCCUAAUGCAAGACCCAGACGGCUUAGAUAACCCAAGACCUU